AUAAUUGUUCCACCGACCAGUAAAACUACACACACCGGUGAUUGGUAUGCGAAGUACAUUGAAAUACAUUAUCGGUUUUCGUAAUCGGUUUCCGGCUACUGUUACUUUUCUGUUGUGAUUCAUGUCAGUGUUGUCUGCUCGUCUAUCAUGUAUACCUUGACUCGAUAAAUCGUAUUUCAAUUUGAGUGGUCCGAUCGUAUGUGUGCGUUUAAAAAAGUGAUGAGAUUUUUUUUAUUAAACCCUUUUUGCGGGCAUUUAGAUACAAAAUGAAUUUCCUUACAAAUACCAACAAAUAAUAAUUCCGCAAUCUUUAUCAUGAACGAAGAAGAUAAUUCCCAGAAUGAUCAAACAGAGCCGGACGAAUCUACUUACAUUCUUAGAAACAAAAGACUUCAGACGGAAAACCAAAUUUUGAUCGGUCCAGAUGGUGACUGGGGAUGGUACGUGGUCAGUGGGUCAGCUUUAAUAAACUUUCUCAUUCCUGGUAUGCUGAUCACAUAUGGAUCGGAUGUGUUAGAAGAGUUUGUGAAAAAAAAUGAAUUAGAUUACGACGAUGACAAAAAAUAUUACAGUCUAAACGAUGUCCGUUGGAUACCUUCCGCUUUCCAGUUGACGUUCUAUUUAACGAGUACUUUAGCAUGCUUACUAUGUGAAUUUUGGUCACACCGUGCUAUUACAUUAUGGGGAGGUUUUUUGGCUUCAACAGGCAUGCUUUUGAGUUUUUUUGCCAACUCUAUUCCAUAUCUUUAUUUCAGUUAUGGAAUGAUGGUUGGUUUUGGAGCCGGACUUAGUUAUCCAACUGGAAUACUAGCCAUAAAUAAAUAUUUUAAUAAAAAACGAGCUUUGGCUGUUGGAAUAGCCACGGCAGGCACUAAUAUUGGAAUGAUAGUGAUGCCGACCUACAUAAAAUUUCUAGCUAAUUCGUAUGGUUGCAGAGGAGCGGUUUUGAUAACUUCUGGAUUAAUGCUAAAUGUCAUAGCUUGUGCUUUAAUUUACCACCCGGUCGAAGAAUAUGCUCAUAUUGUUGAUUUUAGGGUGCCAUUGAUAAAUGUGACAGAAUUUCCGAUACGACUGCAAAAAUCUCAGUAUAACGAUCAAACUUCGUGUACAUUCUUCGGCCUAUUAAAACUUUCAUUUUUGAAAAAUCGUUUAAAAAAUCAUUUUAUUAGAAAACAAAAGUUUACUCUAAAAAAUGUCUACGGAAAAAUGUCGUUCAUAACUAUAACAAUUAUCAACACUGUUUAUUGUAUUUGCAACAGCAUAUUCCUGAACAUGGUUCUACCGGCCUUCAGUAAGAGUAUUGGAUACCAUACAAAUACAUCAUUCCUAUUGAUUUCUUUCUCUAAAAUUAUUGGUCGUAUUUUAGUUCCUUGUACAUUUAUAUUUUUUCCAUUUAAUACAAUUGUAUACUUGGCAUCCGCUUUAAGCGCCAGUGGUCUCAUACUAAUAACUAUACCCAUCUGGCAUCAAAGUGUUGUUUAUAUUUUAGUAUGUUUUAUUAUUUUUGGGAUAGCAUCUGGUAGUAUUUUUGCAAUGCAAACGCCAGUGAUUGUCGACAUUUUGGGUGCUGAAUGGAUAACUAUUACAUAUUCCACUACACUGUUUUCCGAAGGAAUCGCUCAAUUAGCUUUCAAUCUCUUUCAUAAUCAGUACUAUUUACAUUUUAAUUUACUAUCGGAACUAUAUUACAGUUUAGGAGUUAGUUUAAUGUUUUUAUCUUCUUUUUUGGGUAUCCUGAUACUUAUCAAAACCCUAAAAAACUAAAGUUCCAUUUUUCCAUUUACUGUAUUCCUUUAACAUUAUAAAGUUUUUGAUCUAUAAAUACAAAUUCAAGGAUAAAGUCAAAGGAUUAUUAAAUUUGUUUACCGAAAAUAAAGAUCAUUGUCUAAUCAAUUGUACAUGUCUGACUAAAAACACUAUAACUAGAGGACUACGCGUUAGAUGACAAUGACACUAAUAUUAAUAAUUUUUGUAAAUAUGUAAAUUAUUUUAUACAUUUUUUUUUGUUCUAUCAAUAAAAAUUAAUUUUAUAGGCUGUAAAGUAUACUGUUAACAUUAAUAAAUGAUCAGUGAGGCAUUAGUCCGCUAACCACCCUGGCAUUACCACUGAUCUUAUUGUAUUAUAUUAUAUAAAUAAACUAUAUAUUUCUUAAA